AUGGUAAACAGUUACCAAUCAGUAAAAUUCCAAGCAAAUCAAAUGUCGACCUCCAGUGAACCAUCGGGUUCGAUUGAAGUGAACAGAAUCGAGAACAAUAAUGCAACUCCCAAAUACGGUUGUUCCAGAUGUGGUAAACGUGGGCAUAGAGGGGACGACAGUGAAUGUCCCGCUUUACAUGAGUACUGCAGGAAAUGUAACCGGAAAGGACAUUAUGCUAGAUGUUGCCGGUCACAACAAAAUUACACACGUCGUGUGACGCGUCCUCCACCUAAACGUGGCCAUGGAUCUAGUGGUGGUCUUGCGGGCAGCCCAAAACGAUCGAGAUAUCAGUCGGUUAGAAAUAUCGAAUUGAACGAUCCAGGUCACGGCGAGAUAUAAAAUUACCGAGCAGAUAUGAUGAUUAUAUAAUCGACGUCUAAACUUAAACAGUAAUAAACAAAAGGAGAUGUGAUACUCAAUCCUAAAUCAGUAAACUAGGC